UUUUUCUCUGAAAAAAACAAACACAAAGAAACAUUUGAUUUGACAACAUCUUUGUUUGGGAUAUUAUUUCUUCGAAUCUUUCUUUCUUGAUAAAUCUGAUAAUCCGAAUUUUGAAAAUAAUCCGAAUUUUGAAACAAAAUAAAAAAAAACAAUCAUGACACAAAUGUUGAAACAUUUUCUGCUCAAUAAUCAAUCAUCAAUACAAAAAUUAAUUUCAUUAUCGAAUAAAUCAACAAUAAAAACAACAUUGAAAUCAUCAAUUCGUACUGUAAUUGCAACAUCAUUUACAUCACAACGUGAUGAUGAAGUUUUUAUGAGUCGUCUUUCGGGUGAACAUAAUGGAAUUGUUGUUUUAUCAUUGAAUCGACCAAAAGCUGCAAAUUCAUUGAGUAAAUCAUUAGUUAGUUCAUUGAACAAUAGUAUAUAUCAAUUGACUAAAGAUGAUGAAAUAAGAGUAUUGAUUAUACGUUCAGUUGUACCGGGUGUAUUUUGUGCCGGUGCUGAUCUUAAAGAACGUGCUUCAAUGCAUAUAAAAGAAGUACCAUUAUUUGUAACAAAAUUACGUUCAAUAUCGAAUGCUAUAGCUGAUUUUCCACAUCCAACUAUUGCUGCAAUUGAUGGUGCAGCAUUAGGUGGUGGUCUUGAAUAUGCACUUGCAGCCGAUUUACGUAUUGCAUCAAUGAAUGCUAAAUUAGGUCUUGUUGAAACCAAAUUGGCCAUUAUUCCUGGUGCUGGUGGUACACAACGAUUACCACGUAUCAUUCCUAUACAUAUAGCCAAAGAAUUAAUAUUCACUGGACGUAUAAUCGAUGGACAACAAGCAUUUCAAUAUGGAAUGGUAAAUUAUGUUGUACCACAAAAUCAAACACAUGAUGCUGCAUAUCAACGUUCAGUAAUAUUAGCUGAAGAAAUGUUACAAACAGGACCAAUUGCAUUAAAAGCAGCUAAAAUGGCUAUAAAUCGUGGUUCAGAAGUGGAUAUUAAUACCGGAUUAGCUAUUGAAGGUGCUUGUUAUCAACAAUGUUUACAUACAAAAGAUCGAAUCGAAGGUUUACAAGCGUUCCAGGAAAAAAGGCCACCCAUUUAUCAAGGAGAAUAAAAAA